AUGUCAAAUUUCGAACAAAUUCAACAGAAGCUGAGCCACUUGGGCCAGAGCAUGUAUUCAUCUGCUACUGCUAUGGGUCAUGCUGCUCAUUCGGCGUCCACACGCCAACACCACACGAGUGAAGAACUCAUGAAGAUGGAAAGUGACUUUAGUGCUCAUAACUACCAUCCACUACCCGUCGUGUUUGACCGCGCACACGGAACGCGUGUUUGGGAUCCUGAAGGUAAGGAAUACCUUGACUUCUUGUCAGCCUAUUCUGCGGUGAACCAUGGUCACUGUCAUCCAGCUGUUGUGGGCGCUCUUAUUGCCCAGUCACAGAAGCUCACGCUAUCGUCGCGUGCCUUCUAUAACUCUGUGUUCGCUCAGUUUGCAAAGCGUGUGACAGAGCUCCUGAAGUACGACAUGGUGCUCCCUAUGAACACAGGUGCUGAGGCUGUCGAGACGGCUAUGAAGCUUGCUCGCAAGUGGGCUUACAAGAAAAAGGGUGUGCCUGAGGGCAAGGCACGUAUUCUGAGCGCUUCAGGCAACUUCCAUGGCCGCACGAUCGGUGUCAUCAGUAUGAGCACAGAUCCUGACAGUCGCAAUGGUUUCGGUCCUAUGCUAGAACGUGUGGGUCCAGUCGUGGAUAACUUUACGAUCCGUUACAACCACGCUGAGGAUAUUGAGGCUGUGCUCGCAAAGUAUGGGAACGAAACAGCUGCCGUGCUUCUCGAACCAAUCCAGGGAGAGGCUGGUAUUAUGGUGCCAGACGACACAUACUUCCAGAAGGUGCACGCCCUUUGCAAGCAGCACAACGUGCUCCUUAUCUGCGAUGAGAUUCAGACAGGCCUCGGCCGUACUGGUCGUAUGCUCUGUUGUGAGCACUACGGCGUUCGUCCGGAUAUCAUCACGCUCGGUAAGGCGCUGAGCGCUGGCGUUUAUCCGGUCAGUGCCGUGAUGGCCGAUAAGGAUAUCAUGUUGUGCAUUGAGCCUGGUGAACAUGGCAGUACAUACGGUGGAAAUCCGCUUGGUUCAGCUGUGUCGAUUGCGGCUCUGGAUGCCAUUGUCAAAGAGAACAUGUGUGAACGUGCUGAAAAGCUGGGUGAAGAGAUGCGCUCUUCGCUUAAGAAGAUCAACAAUCCACUCCUUGUUGAAGUGCGUGGCAAGGGUCUUCUCAAUGCCAUUGUUAUUGAUGAAACGAAGAGCACGAAGGGCCGUUCCGCCUGGGACCUGUGUCUACUCCUCAAGGACAAGGGUCUUCUUGCUAAACCAACACACCAGAAUAUUAUUCGCCUUGCUCCUCCGCUUGUCAUUUCUGAAGAAGAACUAAGACGUGGUAUCAAGAUCAUUGAGUCGGCUCUGGAUGAGCUGGACAAGAUUGACACGAUUCCUGGUGCCGAGGCACAUUAA